AUGAGCUACUACUACUCGUCCGAGGAGGACAACAGCAGCUCCCAGUACUUGGGCAGCCCUAACUACAACCUGACGCCGAUGGCAUGCUCCACGCAGGAGUACAGCCAUACCGCCUACCUCUCUCCCGACUGGCACUUUCUGGAUGUAGCAGGCGGAGCUAGCCUGGAGCUGCCUCCGGCCACCCACUCCGUUGACCUUGAGAUGCGCACAGGGGCGGGCAUGGACCAGCUCAAGAGGCGCAAGAGCGAGGGCUCCAGGAGAUCAGAGGGCGAGUGCCAAGCAGCCGGCCAAGAGACGGUCGUUCUCAGUCCCACGGUGCAAAAGCGACGACGCCAGGCGGCCAAUGCCCGGGAAAGAAAGCGCAUGAAUGGCCUAAACGAGGCCUUCGACCGCUUGCGGGAAGUGGUCCCAGCCCCGUCCAUUGAUCAGAAGCUGUCCAAGUUCGAGACCCUCCAGAUGGCCCAAUCCUACAUUCUGGCCCUGUGCGACCUCCUCAACAACGGCGACGUGGAUGUGGAUGCGGCCGCUUACAGCCUAUUUGGGGGAGGAAAUGGAAGCGACAGCGAAUCCAGCUUCCACUUGAGCCACGGUUAA